CAGAAAAAGUUAAAUACCGCUUAAAACGGAGUUAGUUGCUUACAAUACAAUAAAAUAAAGUAACCAAUGUUUAAAUUAAAAUCGCGUAAGCUAAUUGCGAAUACAUACAUACAGAAGUGCAAUUAAAGGCAUGAUAUUAGGCGAGCUGGACACAACGCGGCGUCUUUUGUUUAUAGUGGCCGUGCUACUCAUUAUUUUAUAUGCAAAAACCUAUUUGCUCCCUGGGGUGGCUUUAGAUAGCGACUAGACUAGUUGGCGAAGAUGAGUGAUCGACGUGUUUCAUAUUUUUAUAAUGCGGAUGUCGGCAAUUUCCACUAUGGCGCAGGACAUCCUAUGAAGCCGCAACGUCUAGCUGUCACACACAGCCUCGUGAUGAACUAUG